AAUUAAAAAUAAACAUAAGCUCUAUAUUAAGCAGACAAUCUAUUUCCAAUUUUUAGGGGAUAUCAAUUGAAUUUAUUGAAAUACUACAAUUUGAGUGCUAUGGCAAUGUUAUCAUUUAUCAACAUUAAACAUUAAAGGUAAACAUUAGCAUAUUCUAGGUUAUGGAGCAAGAAAAAUUAAAACUCUUAAAUUUGUUUCAUUUUAUGCAAAAUGCAAUGACAUGUUCAUUAACUUACAGAUGCACCGACUGCCGCUGAGUAUUGUAUCUACCGCCAGUCCGCCACACUAGUCUUCUUGUCAUCUUGUGGGUCACAGCCACGAGCAGCUCAAGACUGGACAUCCACCACCACCAGACUUGUGCACCGCAGCACCAGAGCAGAACACACACAUGUCAACCCUGCCACCUCUGCAGCAUUUGAGGUUAUAUAGAGUUGAGCGGAAUCAAGUGUCUCCAGUCCUGCAACUUCACUCAGAACUUGAAGAUUCAGCAUUGCCUGGCCAAGCCUUCAUCAAGAGAGUUUAAGAAUACAAAAAUAAUAUUAAAUUGUAAAUCUUUCCAGCUUACUUUGUUAAAACAAGUUGUGAUUCAACAAAGUUGGUAUAGAAAGGAAAUUAGAAGUAAGCAUCGUUUAGGUGACUUUUAUGUGAUAUUCGUUCAUUUUUCAGAAGGCAUUGAGAGUGAUGCAUGUUUCUAGUUUAAAAUAUUAGAAGGGAUAUUAUGUGAAAGAAUACGGGACAAGUUAUUUCUUAAUUAAUUUUUUACAUUUGUUUUGAAAUGGUCAUGAGACUUGGUCAUGCCAGACUUUGUAUAGAUUAAUCUUGAUUUACAUUUUUCGUCCUAUAUCAUCUAUGAGUGUGAUGUCUUGAAUCAGUGAUUCAGUUCUUAUGACAUUUUUUAUAUUGUGCUGAAAUUAUCUUGUUUUGUUUAUCAGCAGAAAUGGAUGAUAUAUUUGCUUUAGAUGAUACACUCUUUGUUUCAACGCAAAAGGAAAAAUCCACUGACCAUUUUUUUGAAGCUCAGUAUCAAAAUUCUCUAUUUUUCUUGGACAUAGACCCUGAUGACCCUCCUCCUCACAUUGACAAAACAGCACUCCUCAAACAUAAAGCUGAUUACUAUUAUUUAAAACAAAAUUAUUCUAAAGCUACUGACUAUUAUGAGCAAAUGCUCUCUUUGGUACCUGAUAGCAGCGUAGUAACUAGACGAGAGUGUCAGGACAAUCUGGCACGUUGUUAUAGCAAGCAAAAUUUGCACUGUAAGGCCUUGCAAUUCAGCCACGCUCUACACCAAACGUCUAAAACUGUUGAGCACUUGACUGUGAGCCUUACUAGCCUACUUGAUUCUCAUAUUGCUUGUGGGUUACUCCCUCAGGCUCUGAUGUCAUGCAUGAAACUUCUUGCCAUUCAUAAGCUCAACUCUCAUCUUUGGUUGAGGUUAGCUUACCUGAUGUCUUGUUUGUCCAAAAUUAAUCUUCCCGCCGUUUCUUCAAUGCAAAAAGUCUACCCCAGACCGUUACCACACGAGUGUUCAUGUGACAACGACUGUUGCAUGAACUGUGUCCCUGAAUCUUUCUUACACGAGAUGCAAGGUUAUAAAGGUAAAAUACUUACUUUGUUUUCAUUGAUGAUGAGUUUAAACAUCAUGAAGGGAGUGAUAGGUACGUCUGUAGGUUUUGCUGCCACUGCUGUUGAGCAAAGCAUUGAAACGCUUACUACUGAAAUUUCUUCUUUAGAACUGAUGCUAAACGUAUCCACGUCUCUCAAUGUCAGGCUAGACCGCUUAGUUACCAAAAAUGUGUUUGGUUACGAUAAACUCUACUCUGAAGAACAAUGUUCUGAUCAAGGAAGCUCCAAGUUCAGAGGAGAAAUUGUUGAUAUUAAUUUUGAUUCUGUGAAUGCAUAUUUAUUUGAAGAUUUCUUCAAUGAGUUGUUAUCUGAGAUUCUCAUGGAAAUACAGUGAAUAUUAAGCAUCAUAUUUGCUCUCAUUAUAUUUUAUAUUUGGAGUGAUUUCGACCUGGAAGAACUACCUAGAUAACGGCGCGUCUGCAUCAAUUUGUCUAACGUUAAACUAACUUGUUUGAAUCAUCAUUCUUAAUCAAGUUAUUUGAAUUUAAUAUACCGACAGAUACUAAUAAUCCCAUCUGCUAUUUUUAUUGAGGAUACUAACUGAAACUUCAACAUGAAAGUUCAACAAGAGUGUUCUUUCCCGCCAGCAUAUACUGUACUGUUAUUAGGAUAAUGCUAGCAACUUAUUUAUUUUUACAGUCUACGCAGAGCCUAGUGAAUGGCUACCUUAUUUAGUUUAAGCGAUAAUCCUUAAUGUUAACAGUUUCUUCGAAACUUCCAUAACUUAAAUCUGAUAAUAAACGACAUGCUUGGA